AUGACUAUAAAUAUAGACUAUCAACUGUUAAGUGUAAUAGUUUAUGUUGUAGAAGAAGCUCAUUUAUCGAUACACAAGAGACGCAUUCAUACAAAUGAGAAACCAUAUCACUGUGAAAUCUGUGGUAAAUCAUUUAUUAAUCCAAGUUUAUUAACUGUUCAUAAACGUAUUCAUACAGGCGAAAAACCGUAUCAGUGUGACAUCUGUGGUAAAUCUUUCAAUGAGUGUAGUAAAUUGACUAUCCACAAACGUAUUCAUUCGGGGGAAAAACUUUAUCCCUGUGAUAUCUGUAGUAAACCAUUCACUGAGGGAAGGAAAUUAAUUAUUCACAAAUGUAUUCAUUCAGGGGAAAAACUACAUCACUGUAAUAUCUGUGGUAAAUCCUUCUCUCAAAGACCUCAUUUAACUGUUCAUGUUCGUACUCAUACAGAUGGAAGUAAAUUAACCAUUCACAAACGUACUCACACAGGGGAAAGACCAUAUCGCUGUGAUAUCUGUGGUAAAUCAUUCAUUGAUGGAAGUACAUUAACUAAACACAAACGUAUUCAUACAAAGGAAAAAACCACAUCACUGGGAUCCUUUUGA